UCGGGCGGCCGCGGGGCGGGGCGGGGCACUCAGCCGAGCCUCUCGGCCUGAGUCGGCGCUUUGCGCAGCCGGGGGUGGGCGCAGCUCUUUGGAGGCCGGCGCGCCCCUUGUACCCCAGACCAAAAGGAAACUUUGGGGUGCCCGAAGUGCGAGCUGAAGGGGUGAUCGUUGACUUUCGGUGUGCGGUCUCUAGGAGCCGCUCAAGGAAGCGAGAUGUCGAAGCCGCCUCCCAAACCAGUCAAACCAGGGCAAGUUAAAGUCUUUAGAGCUUUGUAUACCUUUGAACCCAGAACUCCAGAUGAAUUAUACUUUGAGGAAGGUGAUAUUAUCUACAUUACUGACAUGAGCGAUACCAACUGGUGGAAAGGGACCUGCAAAGGCAGAACUGGGCUAAUUCCAAGCAACUAUGUGGCCGAGCAGGCAGAAUCCAUUGACAAUCCAUUGCAUGAAGCUGCAAAAAGAGGCAACUUGAGCUGGCUGAGAGAAUGUUUGGACAACCGAGUGGGCGUUAAUGGCUUAGACAAGGCUGGAAGCACUGCCUUGUACUGGGCUUCUCACGGGGGUCACAAAGAUAUAGUGGAAGUGCUAUUUACUCAGCCAAAUAUUGAACUGAACCAACAGAACAAGUUGGGAGACACGGCUUUGCAUGCUGCUGCCUGGAAGGGUUAUGCCGACAUUGUCCAGUUACUUCUGGAAAAAGGAGCAAGAACAGAUUUAAGAAACAAUGAGAAGAAGCUGGCCUUGGACAUGGCCACCAAUGCCGCCUGUGCAUCUCUCUUGAAAAAGAAACAGGGAACAG